AUGGAAGUCUCGGGCUCUGGCGACCCUGGCGACGCGCCCCCGCCCUCGGCGGGCGCCGCGGCCGGCGUUUCCUCCCCGCCCGGCUCCUCGUUGGACCCCCGCCCGGCUUCCCCGCCUCCUGCGUCGCCUGCCUCCUCGCUGCUCCCGUCCUCCCUCGAGGUGUUGCCGCGGAUCCAUUGGGCGGACCUCGCCGAGGAGGACGAACCCCCCUGGCCGACUGCCCUGGCCCCUCCCGUUCCCCCCCCCCCCCUUCAUGCGUCGCCGACCAGCGUGGCCGCUGGCUCAGCCUCCCGUUGCAGAGUUCCGUCCUCUGUCCCUCCCUCGUCGCCCUUGGCCGGCGGCCUCGCCCCCCUUGCCCCGGCGACGGUGGCGGCGGCGGCUUCUCCCUGCGAAGGGGAAACCCUUCCGCGCGGUGCCCUGCUCCCUGUCCUGGGCCGUGCCCCUUUGGGCUGCGAGGAGGUGGCCCACUCGCGCCGGGUAGCUGGCCUGGCCCUCCGGGGUCAUAGGCCUCUUCCCCGGGCCGCGGCGGCUGGGCCUUCGAUCCUUGGGCCGGCUCCGUGCCCUAAGCCCACUGAGCCCCCUCGAUUGAUAUGGCUACCCUACGGCCUGCCGCGCCCCUCGUCCUCCCACCCCGCCGCCACGGUCUCCCCCUCUCCCAAAGAGAUCUCCAGUUCCUCCCCAUCCCCCGCCCCGCUCCGCCCGCCUCCUCGUCCUCCCUCGCCGGCGACCGCCGGCCCGGAUUCCUCCCUGUCCGCCUCCCUCUCCUGUCCGCUGGCUCCGCCCAUGAUGCGGGAGUGGGACGACGGCGAGGAUCGCCGCAAGCGGCGCUUCGAUGACCGCCGCGACCCCCCUCGUCCCUCCCCGGACGCCGCCCGUUGCGAGGAUGAGCUGCGGCGUGAGCUCCGGGACCGGGAGAGCCGCCGCUCGCAGGGCUUCGACGACCGCCGCGACCACCGCCGCUCCCCGGGCCGCUCCGAUGGGUGUGCUCGGUCCCGCUCCCCUCCGCCGGCGGCGGGCGACUGGCGCUCCUCGCGGCGGCGCUCUCCUUCCCUGCCCCGACGCCGGGAGCGCAGCCCAUCCCCUCCCCGCCCGGCCCGUCCUCUCUCCCCGCGUGCGCCUCCCCAACCCGCUGCUGCCCCGGCCAGGAAGUACGUCCCGCCGCACGCCGCAAACUCCUCUGGUCCCCUGCCGCCGGUGGUGUUGGGGGUGGCCAGGCUCGCGGUCGCCCGGGAUCCCUCCCACCCCGCGCUGUUGUGCCUGGAUAAGCCUAUCGACGAGGAGUUGAUGAUGUACGGCCAUGGGAUCGAGGGGCUGGGGUUCUUCCACAUCGAGCUCCCGGACGUCCCCUCCCCCUCCCCUCCCUCCAGGCGCUCGUCACGGUGA